GGCCUGGGUGGGGCGGCCCCGCGGCCGAGCCGGCGAGUUCAGGUGAGCUGUUGCUCGUCGGGGCGGCCGGCAGCGGCGGCUCCAGGGCCCAGCAUGCGCGGGGGGCCCUGCGGCCACCAUGUACGUGGGCUAUGUGCUGGACAAGGACGCUCCGGUGUACCCGGGCCCCGCCAGGCCCCCGAGCCUGGGCCUGGGCACGCAAGCCUACGGGCCCCCGCCCCCGCUCCCCGGGCCCCCACAGUACCCCGACUUUACCGGCUACUCUCACGUGGAGCCGGCCCCGGCGCCCCCUGCGGCCUGGAGCGCACCCUUCUCUGCGCCCAAGGACGACUGGGCCGCCGCCUAUGGCCCGGGCCCCGCGGCCCCCGCUGCUAGCCCAGUCCCGCUGGCAUUCGGGCCCCCUCCGGACUUUAGCCCGGUGCCCGCGCCCCCUGGGCCUGGCCCAGGCCUCCUGGCGCAGCCCCUCGGCGGCCCGGGCGCACCGUCUUCGCCCGGAGCGCAAAGGCGGACUCCCUACGAGUGGAUGCGGCGCAGUGUGGCGGCCGGAGGCGGCGGUGGCAGCGGUAAGACCCGGACCAAGGACAAGUACCGCGUGGUCUACACGGACCAUCAGCGCCUGGAGCUGGAAAAAGAGUUCCACUAUAGCCGUUAUAUCACCAUCCGGCGGAAAUCAGAGCUGGCCGCCAAUCUGGGGCUCACUGAACGGCAGGUGAAGAUCUGGUUCCAAAACCGGAGGGCAAAGGAGCGCAAAGUGAAUAAGAAGAAGCAGCAGCAGCAACAGCAGCAGCAGCAGCCCCCGCAGCCCCCACCACCAGCCCACGAAGUCACCCCCACUCCCGCUGGGCCGCCCUUGGGGGGCCUGUGCCCCAGCUCCACCAGCCUCCUGGGCGCCUCCUCCCCAAUGCCUGUCAAGGAGGAGUAUCUGCCAUAGCCCCCUGCCCAGCUUUGUGGGCUGGGGCCUGGGGGCUCAGGUGCUAGGAAUGUGGCUCCUGGUGGGGGCCCAGGAGGCCUGGGCUGAGUCCCCUCCCUGACACUGAUCUUCUGGGGAGCCUUGGACAAGUCACCUACCCAGCCCCUGCCUCCCCCUGGCCCAUCUGUGCAGGGAGCCUGUUGGAUAAGGACCUUUUCUUAGCUCCUGUGCUCUAGGCCUCAUGGGGAUAAGGGAGCUCAGGGCGGGAGGUCUUAGUCCUCAGAGGAAUGGAUGGUGGAGCCAAGAUCCAUCCCCAAGCCCUGCCUCCUUCUCCACGGGUUUCAGGGUGGAAGGCUGCUUAGGGACUAGAUUGACCCUGGAGAAAGGAGAUGGAGCUAAGGGAAGAUGGAAUACUUGCAGACCAUGACCUAUGGGCGGGGGGAAUGCCGUCGGCUCACACCUGCCUCCUUCUCAGCCUUACCUCUACCUGCCCCCAUCCUAGCCCUCCCCGAACCCUUUCUAGGCUGAUGCAGAGCACAAAGCCCGUUGGACUGGGCCUAAGCGACAGGCUCUGAUGACUGUCUCCUCUGAAUUGAAGAGCCAUAUACCCUCACUAGCAUUCUCAGGGGGGCCUCCAGUUGGGAGGGAGACCCCUGGAGGGGGACAGAAAGGCAGAGUCCACCCUGCCAAGUUCCACCCCACCAAACAGUCCCCCAGGGCCCAGGCCCCAGUGGGCCCACGGAGGACUUUCU